AUGACGGGCUCGGUCACCUUUCUCAAGUGGCUUCCCGCCUUCUGCCGAAGUCGGGUACAUCGCGAUGUUCAUCAUAGCUUGCAGGAGUCUGAUGGCUGCGCUCUGUGGAAGCUCAUCAACAAGGUGCGCGAGCAGCGGGUGGCCGGCUUGAAAGCUGAGCCGGAGUCCUCCAAUGCCAAGGUGGGUCAUCUGACGGUUAGUGAAGGGCUGAGUCCGGCAGAGACCGCCGCCACACGAGAGGUCAUCGGCCGACUCUCACCCGCGGAGACGGACAUGUUGUUGAGCGUCUGG